AAGUUGCUUAAAAUUGCAUUCUCUAUCUGAAUCAGGAAAGAAAAAAUGUGGGUUCAGUAUCCUUUAAAUAUUGUAGCGCAGUUUCGCAGCACUCAAGUGCAAACUAUAACUUUCAACUUGCAAUACCAAUGCAAAUUAGCACUAAAUCAAUUAAACUUUUAUUCUGCACUGAAGUGAAGUUUGACAACUCUAACUCUUUUAUGGUUUACACGCUUUACCAUGAACUUGUAAUAUCAAAGUUGCACGCUAAUGGAAGCGUGGUCAAGUAAUAUUGGUCAUUGUUGCCCGCGCUUACAUUAGCUUUACAGUACAUUGUCCCUUAAAUUGUAUCUUUAGUGGGACUGUUAGCUCAGAACUGUCUCUUACUCCAGGUUUUAAGUCAUAUUUUAAAUGUUAUCCUUAUUUAUAGCACAUUUAUAUCCUGUAACAUGCUCCACAGUGAUUGCUUGAUCAGUGCAAGCACCCUUUUAUAUCAAUUACAUUUGUCCCUAACAGUCAAAGGGGACAGUUUGACAUGCUCAUGGACGGCAAAACAAUGCAGAAUAUCCUAAAAAAAAAAGUCUGCUAUAUGCUUCUAAACCAUUCUUUUUUUUAUGGCGAUAUUUUACUGCUUAAUUACUGAUAUAUUCCAUGGAUAUAUAAUGCAUAUAUAAUAUUCUGUUAAUCCUACUGUUUCACUGAAUUUGGUUAGAGACUUUUUUUCUGCUUCAGUUCGCUCAUUCAUUUUAUCAUAUCCUUAUAAUACAGGAUGGUCACCUAGGAACUGCUAAAUAAAUGAAUGCCUGACCUGAGUCCCAUUACAUAACAUCAGUGAUGUUUAGUAUACAGAGACGUGUGUGUGUUGGUGAGUAGGUAAGGCGUUGUUACAGGCUGUCACUGCUUUUUGUCUUCUCAUUGACUUCCUGACAGUCACAUACGGCUUCCUGCACAUCUCCCGCACACAUAACCUGAUGAACCCCCACCACAAACAGCAACCCAAAUAUUCAGGUAUAAUGGACUCUCUCAAUGUCACUAUGGUACUAUGGGCUUUUGUAUUUAUCCUUCCUGUCAUUGUAACCACGGCCCUUUGCAUCAGUUGCAGAAAGAGGACGCCCACUCGGAUUGCGCAGUCUGUGGAUGAGUACACAUACAAACCCACAUUUACUUCACCGCCAAGUUCGAGUUUCAUUGUCUUGGGUACCCACCAGAGUUUGUCAUCUCCAACAAUCAUAUCUUCUCAGGACCAGUUCCUCUCUAUCCCUAGAUCCCCAGCGCAAGCAGAGAGUCGCAGGAGCUCAGUGGGCAUAAUGGUGAAAGACACAGACAGCCUACCGAGCUAUGAAAAUGAGAUCAAAACCAAAGAUAAUGAUGAUGAAGAUGAUGACGAUGGAAAUUAUUCCAAUGAUAAUUAUAUUGGUGGAUAUAUUACGGUGCUUCCAGAUGAAGUUGACGUAGCUCCUUGUUCUGGUCUUACUGUGCCCUUGAGCCUAGAUAACAGUGCCAGUGUCUCCUCAGCAACUAUAGCGGAUGACUAUGAGAAUGUGGAGAAAUCAAGAGACUCAAUGGGUGAGAGCCUGGAAUACGUUAAUAUGCCCAGCAUGGCGGAAGCCGGGAAACAGCAUGAUGCAUUUAUUGUUGUUGCAGAAUACCAGAGCGGCCAGGAAAGUGAAGAUGACACAAACGAUUAUGAAAAUGUCGAGAAGAAGCUUCCUGCUUGAGAUUCAAGAUCUGCAUCGAAAGAAGAGGAAAUUAAUUUAUCACAGAAAAAAGCGUGAAUAUGUUUCCACCUGAGAAAACAUUUAUUGAAUAGCCUUGGAUUUUGUUGUUUUCAGGCUGUCAGAAUUUUUCAACAUUUUAUAGAAACCACACGUUACAUUUUGUGGAAAUAUUCAAACUGACAUUUAGUUUAACUGACAAAAUUGUUGGAAACUGUGACAAAAAAUUGUGAAAUACUGCUACUUAUUAUUAGAUUAAUUUUUUUUAAUUAAAAUUAGGGAUGGGUGAAUAUUUUGCAACAUUCGAAAA